AUGGCUAAAUUACUGCAAACCAAUACAAACCAUUUGAGAGCGGCACAAGAUUUAAUUGUACACAACUUAUGCAGAGGAUACAUAGAUAUAGCAUUUAUCGCAGAGCCGUGGUACAUAGAGGGGGACAACCGGUGGGCCUUGUCGUCCGAUCGGAACACGUCAGUUGCCAUUACGUGGCAAGGGGUGACGUCAGGCUUUCCCUGUUUACACUAUUUCUCUCUGAAUAGAAAUCUGGCGAACUUCUCCGAAUACCUGGCGACUUUGGAGAUGAUCAGGUGGAGAUACAGGGGCAAACCCUUAUAUUUUUUCGGUGACUUUAACGCCAGAUCGGGCAGGUGGGAUGCAACUGGGACAAAUGCGAGGGGUUUUGCUCUCGCGGAAUGGGCGGAUUCGCUUGACCUGUUGCUCUUGAAUAGAAGAUUUAUACAUACAUGCGUACACCCUAGAGGGUUAUUAGUGGUUGAUGUUUCGUGGAUGUCAGUUUCUGCCAAUAAUUUGGUCACGGGAUGGUGGGUCAACGAAUCGGUUGAUACACUAUCCGAUCAUCGGUACGUCGUAAUUGAAUUUAUAAGCGAACAAGUAGGAUCUCCGGUGGAUAGAAUCAGUCGGAAAUAUUUUCCACGCUGGAAUAUUAAAAAAAUUAAUUUAGACAUAGCUAGGGCUUCCCUCCUUAUAAAAUCAUGGGAUAACCCAGAGGAGACAACAAUAGAGAACAGAGUUAAGUGGAUAACAAAUAAUCUUAAGGAAUUGGCGGACAGCUCAAUGCCACGCUCAGGGCCGGCCGGCAAAUCGUCAGCCUAUUGGUGGAGCAAUGAUAUUACGGAAUUACACAGGGUCUGCUCUAAAUGUAGAAGAGCAGUAGUGAGAACAAGGCGCAGGCGACACUACUCACAUGAGCACUUAAUAAUGUUAUGGGGUGAGUUAAAAUUGGCCAGGGAAGAACUUCGUAAAGCGAUCUGGAAGGCUAAAGAUCGAGCUUGGCGGGAAUUGUUAGCUACACUCGAUAGGGAUCCUUGGGGUAGACCCUAUAGAGUGCUACUAAAAUAUAUUAGACCGGUAACGCCAUCUGCCAUUGAAAGUUUGCCUGCAGAGACGGUCGAGGAGGUGGUCUCUACAUUGUUCCCUCCUCCUCGGACAUGCGAGAUUACGGAAAUGAAUAUAAGGGAGGGAGACGAAGAAGUAUUAGUCAGCAAACCUGAACUAAUAACGGUAGGGAAGCGUAUUGCAAGAGGUAAGGCACCGGGCCCCGAUGGUAUCUCGGGAGCGCUGUUAAAGGAGUCACUCGAAAGUAUAUCUCCAUAG